AAGAGUUAGAAGCAGGCCCCGGGGCGAGGCCUCGUGCUCACUUCCUCUGGCCCUGCUCUGGCUGGUGGGUCACCCUGAGGUCGCCGCCGCGCCUCCGCCCUGGUUGGCUGAGGGCGCUCCCCAGGACCCACCUCCCUGCCCCUCUCCCCGCUCAGCCCAACUUCAGCUGCUGCCCACCCCACGAGCUUCCCUCGUCUUGUCCUCCCACCCCACCGCCGCUGCCUCCUUCUCAAGUGUCCGUCACAGGGCCCAAACCAAACUGUGCCACCGCGUUGCUCAAAAGCCUUCCAGGAUCUGCAGCCGGGGCUGCUGCAGGUGAGCGGGCUGCACCCUGCACAAAGGCACGGGGAGAGGGGGCUGCUGCGACCGUACAGCGCUCCACUAGCCAAGCCCUGGGCCACCCGCAGGACAGGGUACCCUUCUCCACUUCUCAGAAAGGCACAGCUGGAUUAGUGGUGCCCCGAGACACAGAAUAAGAAUAAAAAUCACUGCUCUGAAAAAUUUCGCACCAAGCUGGCAGGUAAUCCCCGUGUUAGUGUGACAUGCUAGCUCGGAAGUGUUUUCUGCCGCUAUCAUGGUUCGUCCGCUAAACUGCAUCGUCGCUGUGUCCCAGAACAUGGGCACUGGCAAGAACGGGGACCUGCCCUGGCCCCCACUCAGGAACGAAUACAGGUAUUUCCAAAGAAUUACCACAACCUCUUCAGUAGAAGGUAAACAAAAUUCGGUGAUUAUGGGUAGGAAAACCUGGUUCUCCAUUCCAGAGAAGAAUCGACCUUUAAAGGACAGAAUUAAUAUAGUUCUCAGUAGAGAACUCAAGGAACCUCCACAGGGAGCUCAUUUUCUUGCCAGAAGUCUGGAUGAUGCCUUAAAACUUAUUGAGCAACCAGAAUUAACAAAUAAAGUGGACAUGGUCUGGAUAGUGGGAGGCAGUUCUGUUUAUAAGGAAACCAUGAACAAGCCAGGCCAUCUUAGACUAUUUGUGACAAGGAUCACGCAGGAAUUUGAAAGUGACACAUUUUUUCCAGAAAUUGAUUUGGAAAAAAAUAAACUUAUCCCAGAAUAUCCAGGUGUUCCUUCUGAUGUCCAGGAGGAGAAAGGCAUUAAGUACAAAUUUGAAGUAUAUGAAAAGAACAAUUAAUGU